AUGUCGUCUCUGGGACCACCUGGCCCCGGGGCUCACGGGCUCAACUUCAACCCAGCUGGCCUCAGACGGAAUCCGGGCUUCCCUCCGCCGCACCCCGCUCAGCCGAACAAGCAGUCGCCCGUUCCUCAUACCGCGUCACCCUACCAGUCUCAGUACGCUCCUCAGCAUCCGCCUCAGCAGUACCCCCAUCACCUCUUCGCGCCCCAGGUCAACGGAAAUGUCCCCAACGGUGCCUCGAGGGCUCCCAACGCCCACCCGCAGAAUGUUCUGGGCGUUCAGCACUCAAGCCCAAGCCCAAGCACAGGCACAGGCACAGGCACAGGCCCAGGCACAGGCACAGGCACAGGCACAGGCACAAGCACAGGCACAGGCACAGGCACAGGCCCAGGCCCAGGCUCAAGCACAGGCUCAAGCACAGGCUCAGAUUCAGAUGCAAGCACAGGCAACGCCGCCGGCACCGGCACCGGCACCGCAGGCCAAGGGAGGCCGAGGCCAUCCCACUCCACAGCAGAAGCAGAAGCAGAAGUCAGCGGGCUCGACUCGAGGCUCCUCGACGACCCUUCGUACGUCCCGACGCAGCCCAUGGGGGAGAUGAUGUCGCCACCACCCGAGGGAGGUAGCUAUCCAACGUUGGAGGCUGUCCAGAAGGCCGUCCUGCGCUACUGCACCUCGGUGGGCUACGCUAUCGUCAUCGGCCGCUCCAAGAAGACGCUGCCGGGGUUGAAGAAGGUGCUCUUUGUCUGCGACCGCGCAGGGAAGCCGCCCAACAGGGUCAGCCCAGAGUUCCGGAAGCGAAAGACGUCGUCGAGGAAGUGCGACUGCCCAUUCGGGUUCUUCGCCAUAGAGCAGCGUACGCAGUGGACGAUUCGUUACCGGCCAGACAAGACAUCGGAAGAAAAGCUACGACGCGAGCUCGCCAAGGUCAAGGAAGAUUUCAAGAAGAUGGAAGAGGAUAAGCAAAAACAGAUUGACGAGCUCAAGAGCAAGAUUGAGGAGAAGGACCAGAUGAUUCACAAGUUUGAAACGUUUAUCGACAUCUGCAAUCAGCGAGUCAUGGUGCAGAGGGAGCGUCUCGAAGGUGGGCAGUCCGGGGGUGGUAACCUGCCAUGA